AUGAGUAUGGAUCAUAUUGAAGCCAUUAUUAAUCAGUCAAAGAAAGAUGGAAGCAAUAUAGCAGUUAGAUAUGAUGGAAAAGAUCAAGUAGGAUGGAAUUAUUAUGAUUUUGAAAAUCUUCUCAAACCUUAUUUUGUUAAAUGCGAUGAAGCCACAAUUCGCAAAAAUGUUCAAUUUGAUCCAUACCAGUCUUUAGACAUAAUUCCUUUAAAACCUUUAUCUUCAAAACGUCAAGCACAGCUAUUUAAAGAUAUCCGUCCAUAUGUACAUGAUCCUUAUAAAGAUGAGUUAUGUUUUGCUCCAAAUGAGCAUGAUAUAAGUUUAUCUAAUACAGAACAUUAA